UCGGAACGACCGUUCUCGAAUUCCGUUCGCGGGCGCUCGCCUCCCCCACCCAUCGCAGUGGGCAGACGUCUCGUUCACAGCAGCUGCCGCCGCGCAACUCGGCAGAUUACGAUUUUCGGAAUCGUAUUAUUUUAACAAUAAUUAUUAUAGUAUUAUCAUUAUUCCCAAAUCGAUUAGGUACGCGGAAAACCACACGAACCCGCCGUCGAGCCCCACCACAGUCACUUUGGCCGCUCAAUCAUUCCGCCGUGGACCACGGGGUCCAAACGUUUUCGGAGCAGUAGUGCAGUACCGCGUGCAGUAAUCAUACGUGCGUGACGUCGUCUGCACACGACAGGUAGUACACAUUAUUAUUAUCAUUUUAAAAUUCGAGUGAGGUUUACUAUACUCGUUACAUGCGAUAUCGCUAUUUAUUAUUAUAAUAAUAUAAUAUUCUUUGUUUGUCGACAUUCGUACACCGUCAACCGUAACGCGUUACCGUGUUGUGUUGUCCGUCCCGUCGAUUAUUUUGCUGUAACAAUAGUAUUUAUUAUUUUAUUAUAUUAUAUUGAAAAUCGGUACGUAAUAACUCGCCCACCACGCCGUCGACGAGACCACCGCCCGUCCACACGCCAUCGCCGUAUAUCGUGAACUCGUAAGACAAUAUGACUGAUGCAAUAAAAGAACUUUGGCUCAAUGCAGAUGCAGUUUGUUUCGAUGUGGAUUCUACAGUUAUUCAAGAGGAAGCAAUUGACGAAGUUGCUAAAUUUUGUGAUAAAGGAUCAGAAGUUCAAAAAUUGACAAACAGUGCAAUGUCAGGUAAGAUGGACUUUAGAGAAGCACUCUCAGCUCGACUACAGAUAAUCAAACCGUCACUGCAACAAAUUCGAAAUUUUAUUAAAGACCGUCCGUUUAAUUUGACUCCAGGAAUUAAGGAACUUAUUGGAUUAUUGCAAAAGAAGAACAUUCCCGUAUACUUGAUAUCUGGCGGAUUCCGUGGUCUCAUCGGACCAAUAGCUAUUGAAUUAAGCAUUCCACUACAACAUAUAUACGCUAAUAAAUUAAAGUUCUUUUUAAAUGGAGAUUAUGCCGGAUUUGAUGAAAAAGAACCUACAUCAAAGAAUGGUGGUAAAGCCGAAGUAAUACAAAUGUUAAAAGAAAAAUAUGGUUAUACAAAGUUGUUUAUGAUCGGAGAUGGAAUUACUGAUUUAGAAGCAUCUCCACCUGCUGAUGCAUUCAUUGGGUUUGGUGGUAAUGUUGUUCGAGAAGAAGUAAAGUCCAAGUCAAAAUGGUACAUUGAAAGUUUUCAAGAGCUUAUCGAUACUCUGAAAUGAUUUUUCAAAUAACUUUACAAUUUUUUAUAAUAAUCGUAACUGUUAAGUAUUGUGUCUGAAUAACUAUGUACCUUUAUAAAUGUAUGAGAUGACAAGCACUGUAUUACCUAUAGGUACUUACAUAUUAACUUUCCUCUAAUAAUUUGGGAACAAUAACACAACAGUUAUACUUAAUUAUUAUAUUUAUUUUUUAUUUUAUAUAAUAUGAACCUCGUGUAAUUAUUUUAUAUUUUUAUUAUUUAUGAAUAAUUUGUACUUAACAUCUAGUACAGUCUAAUAAAAUAAAAUCUUAUCUA